AUGCCAUCAACUUCUCGCGCUUCUGAUCCUAUAGCAAGUGUCAGCUCCAAAGGAAAAAGAACGAGUUCCAAGCUUCCUUUGAAAUCUCCAGAACACAUCAAUAUCGAAAUAAAGAAAGGAAAAGUAUCGAGCUUGCAGGCAGUCGGAACCACAACGAUUGAAAAGAGCAAAUCUAGCGGUCGUAUAAAAUUCCUUUCCGACUCGUCUGAUUCCGAAUUGGAAUUAGAAAUCAUCGACUCUAAAAUUCAAGAUGAAGGGAAAAGAAAUCGAUCGGACAGUUCAGAAAAGGAAAAUGGAACGAUGAAAAAACGUCGUCUGUUGGAUAGCGAUGAAGAAGAGGACCCAUUAACGUCUCAGGAUACCGAGCUGAAACACGCUACGACGAUAAUUAGCGACGACGAGGAAGAACCGACGCAAAAAGAACGUAAUCAACAGAGGUCGUCUCGUGUAAUUAUUAGUGACGAUGAAGAUUAA